AGCUUUGGCUCCUGAAAACUGCGGAAUCUGCUAUAAUCUGCUGGACCUCGACCAAAUUGCCAUGGUGUUCUCCCUUUUUGCACUCUUCAGCGCCGUUCUGGGGCAGGUUUGGGCUGUUGAUGACGCGCUGUUAGUGGAUGAUCAAUGCAGUAGCAGUGGAGAAUGUAGCCUGGAACUCAUGCAUUUGCGCAGCCAGAAGUAUCCUCAUGAUCCGCUGAGGCUGAUCAAUCGUCAGAUUGAAGACAACAAGAAGUACGAAGUGAGCGUGCAGGAUGAGAAUGGAGCAACUUGCCGCCCUGAAGGUGGAGCAGCCAUUACCUGCUCAGAGACUCACAAGUGCUGCACCUCCAAGCGUUCUUAUUUGGCAGGUUCAUCGCACGACUCCCAGCCAAGACUUGCACUUUAUGCCAUUUGCUGUCCCUUGGACACGCACUGCAAGUUCGACACCAUCUUCGUGUCGUGUGCGGCAGGCGUGGGUCCUGAUGACUACUCCGGAGUGAUUGCCGGCUGAACAGCAUCAUUUGAAUUUUUGCCUUUGCCCUAGCUCAAGUCUAGGCGGGCAGCUGUUCAAGACUGAACUUGUGAGUGAAAGGCCGAAGGGCAUGGCAGAG